CCUCUGUCAUAAAUUAGCCUCGUUUUGGAUGCGCAGCAGCGAAAACUUUUCAGAGAAGUUUUACAAAUUUAUUUUAUCAAUUCACCUUCCUUUUCUUUGUUAAAUUCGCAAUUUCGUGUGUUAUUUAAUACAGCUACGUUUUCGUCUUUCCUUAUUUUCCUUGUCCAUGACGAAUUGAUUUGCUAAAGGAUAAUUGUCCAUUUUUGUUUACCGACGCUGUCGUGACCUACUUCUCUUUGUUGUGGCAUUUUAGCUUCAUUAAAUUAUUUUAUGUAAUAUUACAACGGGUUUUUGUUCUAAUGAUGGCCGGCGUUUUGAUUAUAGGCCAUUCAUUUACGAGACGUCUCUCUUCUUGGUGUGUCCAAAAUGGACAGGCUAAUAUGAACAUUGAUUCCAGCCGGUUGCAGGUUUUUUGGCAUGGACAGGGAGGAGCCACCAUUGUACAUCCCAGUCAUUCUAAAUCUCUGUGGAAGGAAUUACAUAUGGCUACUGACCUGGAUGCCACAAUGACCUUUGUAGAUAUCGGUAGCAACGACCUUUGCAAUCCGACUGCUACUCCUUCUAUAGUGGCUAAUGCUAUUAUUACCUUUGCACAGGAUCUAUUGUCGGGAGGUUGUAAAGUUGUGAUCAUCAGCGAAAUACUUCCACGUCAGGGAGCCUCAGUGUACAAUCAGCGGGUAGCUGACACGAAUGCUCAGUUAGAGGGUUUCUGCUCUGGUGCACCUCAGAUGAUAUUUUGGAGACACUCAAGGAACAACUAUAACAAGCGCUUCCUCACAGAUUAUGUUGCCCCUGAUGGUAUACAUGUGGAUCCUUCACGGGGCAUGAGGAGGUACUUUAGCUCGGUUCGGGGCGCAGUUCUCUUCGCGGAGCGCUACCUUUGAACACGCAGUCCCUGCACUACUAGCAGUAUGCCGAAACGACGGCCAAAUGAGGUGACCUCGGGAAAAGGGAAGGCCUCCAAACCUCAACAGCCGGGUCAGAACCGCCUUGCCACCUUGGUUGCUGAGGCCCUUUCAAACGAUGAGGACAUCCUGGAGGAAAUAUC